CACGUUCUCCCCGCUCAGCCUCCCGCCGCCCGGGGAGCGCCGACACCACCACCGGCACCACGCCGAGCCCGCCGGCCACAAGGCGAGGCGCGGCAGCCCCGCGGACGGCGCGGCGGGGCGGCCCAGCCAGCGAGAAACUCCAGAUGAAAACGGCAAAACCCAGCGAGCUGACAGUCUUAUUAUGAAGAAGAUGAAGAAAAAAAAGAAAAAGAAACACCGGGAAGAUGUGAGGGGAAAACGCCUGAAGAUGUACAACAAAGAGGUGCAGACAGUGUGUGCUGGGCUCACUCGCAUUGACAAGGAGACCCUGUCUCAAGGACAGUGUGACAACCUGGAAAUGAACAAGGAAUCCUUCAGGUACCUGAAGGAUGAGCAGCUGUGCAGGCUGAACUUGGGCAUGCAGGAGUACCGGGUACCCCAGGGGGUGCAGACCCCGUUUGUGACACACCAGGAGCACUCUGUGCGCAGCAGCUUCCUCAAGACUGGCACUAAAUUCAGUAACUUCAUUCACGAGGAGCAUCAGUCCAAUGGAGGUGCCCUGGUCCUGCAUGCUUACAUGGAUGAACUCUCAUUUUUGUCUCCAGUGGAGAUGGAGAGAUUUGCAGAAGAGUUUCUUGCAUUGUCAUUCAGUGAAAAUGAUAAAAAUGCAGCUUACUAUGCUUUAGCCAUAGUGCACGGAGCAGCUGCCUACUUACCAGACUUCCUGGAUUACUUUGCUUUUAACUUUCCAAACACUCCAGUGAAAAUGGAAAUUUUGGGCAAGAAGGACAUUGAAACAACAACAAUUUCAAAUUUUCACUCUCAGGUCAAUCGCACGUACUGCUGUGGCACCUACAGAGCAGGACCCAUGCGCCAGAUCAGCCUGGUGGGAGCCGUGGAUGAAGAAGUGGGGGACUACUUCCCAGAAUUCCUAGAUAUGUUGGAAGAAUCUCCAUUUCUUAGAAUGACUUUGCCCUGGGGGACUCUUUCCAGUCUCAGACUGCAGUGCAGGUCCCAGAGUGAUGAUGGGCCCAUCAUGUGGGUGAGGCCGGGAGAGCAGAUGAUCCCCACAGCUGAUAUGCCAAAAUCACCCUUCAAACGGCGCCGGUCCAUGAACGAGAUCAAGAACCUGCAGUACCUACCUCGGACCAGCGAGCCCCGCGAGGUCCUGUUUGAGGACAGGACCAGAGCUCACGCUGACCACGUGGGGCAGGGCUUUGACUGGCAGAGCACAGCUGCUGUCGGGGUGCUCAAGGCUGUGCAGUUUGGGGAAUGGAGUGACCAGCCUCGUAUAACCAAAGAUGUGGUUUGUUUUCAUGCUGAAGACUUCACUGAUGUUGUGCAGAGACUUCAGCUGGACCUGCAUGAACCUCCAGUGUCACAGUGUGUUCAAUGGGUGGAUGAAGCCAAACUAAACCAAAUGAGACGGGAAGGCAUUCGCUAUGCUAGGAUUCAGUUGUGUGACAAUGACAUCUACUUCAUCCCUAGAAAUGUCAUUCAUCAGUUCAAAACAGUGUCAGCAGUCUGCAGCUUAGCCUGGCACAUCAGACUCAAACAGUAUCACCCAGUGGGGGAGACUUCUCCAAAAGCAGAAAGCAAUUCAAGCCUGAACAGUGAUGUUCCUGGAAACACAGAGGCAGAAGGUGAACCCCAAGGUGUGAGUGUAAAAAUAGAGUCUGAAGAACCAGGUAUGGAAAUUCAGCUUACCCCAGGGGUGCUCUCCUCCUCUGUUUCUUCAAUAUCAGGACUUGUGCAACCAGAUCAGGUGGCCCAGCCCCUUCCAGGUUUUAAAAUAGAGUCUGAUCAGCAACGCAAUCCACAGGAUCAUGCAGGCUCUUCUGUGUGAUAUGUAUAUAUUCAAACAUUUUUUAAGCAACUUUUUAAAAUUUUGAUGUGAAGUUAUAGUUUUAUAACUGGCUUAUGUUUUAUUGGAGAAAUCUUGCCUAUAAUUCUAUAAAGAAAGGUGACAUUCCAAAAUGUCAAGCAUAUCUUUUUUACACAGAUUAUGCAAAAUUCAAGUUGUAUUUUAACCCCUUAGUACAACCUGUAACAGUGGUCUACCACUUCUUUCUGUUUAAGUAAAGAGAUGUUGAAUAUCUUCUCAAAGUCAGAUUGAAAUUCCUCCAGGAACACGAAAUGAUUGAACUCCAUUGGUCAGUGUUAUUUCCCUACUUUUACUUUAUCUCUAAUCUUCACCAGAAAGUGAUGCUUUUGUAGAAGACUUGCAAAGUGACUUCCCCAUCUCGUUUUAAUUGCUUAAAAAAGUAAAAAAGAAAAAAAAGGAAAAAAAUAGAGAAAGCACAGCACUUUUGAUGAUUUGUGGAAUUUUCAGUAUGUCUGUUCUUGACAUAUUGGUUUAUAUACAAGCUAUAGAAAUUGAUGUUUCUUACAGUUCCUACAAGGGUGACCUGUAAAAAGAACUGAAGCAAGUGUCUGAUUCCUGUUGAAAUGCAACGACUUACUGACCUAACACUUCUCAUAGCACUGCUUAUGUUGUUUGAUGUGAGGGUUUUUGCUUCCAAAAUACAUCUUCCCUGAACGUGAUAAAUGCUAGUGUCAAAAUUAGAGAACCUCUUGGUAGUCUUGUGGAGGAAACUGCUAUCUUUGAGCACUUUAAGGCUUUAAAAUACUUAACCAACUUGGCAGCUUGUUUUGAUGGGGUCGUAACGUGUCCAAUGGAUCCACACUUCCCUUGUACUGAUGCACUUAAUAUAAUAAGCAUUGAGCUGAUACCUGACUUCCUAGAAUAAGGACAGCCUUACUGUGUAAGUUCUGUAUUAGUAUUUCACAAUAAAAAGUAUCUUGGCAUUGGACUGCUUUUUCCAUGUGUAGCUCCUGGGUGCCCAGUUACUGUGGAAAAAUCAGCAGCACAUGCUCAAUGUGUAGAGUGUCAGCUAUCAACAGUUUUUAAACAAUCUUUCAAUAUUUCUGGAUGUUAACGUGUAAUCUGUAUUUGACUUUCACUCACCCCAUUUAUUACUGCCCUUUCCAGUCAUCAAAAGGAAAAGUCCCUUUUCCCUCUCCCUCCCUCCUCCCCACAUUUAGAGUACAAGUUGGGGUUUGGUGCAACUUAAGCUGUCUCCAGAUAACUUUAUUUGUUCUAAUCCUCACUGGAGUAGGAAAGAUUUGAAACACUAUGUUAGACUAGACAAAAGCAAAGAUGCUGUGUUAGUUCUGGAUGCAUCUUUUUAAUAUCAAUUAUUACUCUUCUCUUUAUAAGGGUCUCUAAAAUAUGUUACUCUAUUAUAAAUCUUACUUUGUGCAAUAUUGUUUGUGUAGGCUUUUAUAUACAUAUUAGCACCUCAGUGUAGAGGUCACUAUUUUAAACUGAUAGAGAAAUAAUCCUCAGAAGAUACUGCAGUGAUUAGUUAGAACCUGUAUUACUCCUUAUGUGUAUGUAUGUAUUGUCUUCGGUACAAAAAUGAGGACUAGGAAAUAUUUCAAUUUAAAACUAAUUUACAGAUUGAAGUGGUAGUGACUCGUUUAGUAAUCUGUGUAAAUAAGGUGUUAGAAUGGAAAGCUUUUAUGAUGAGAAGUAAUGUGAUUCAUGCAGGGGUGUAAUUUAAUCUUAGCAGAAAUUCUAGAUGACUCAGCGCGGCUCAGAAAUGAGCCGUCAGUUCUCUGGUGGGUUUUUUCCACUUUUUAUGUUGAGAGGAAUUUCAUAGCUUUAAGGGUUGUGCAAAGUAAAAUUCCUCACAGGCAAUAGUGGUUUCAGUUCAUCCUUCACUUUCAAAGAUUCCCCAGGGGUGUUCUUUCCUUUUGACCAAGUCUGCGAGUCUUCCACGUGCCCGUUCCGCGCCUCUCCCUGCUGCUCCCUGGCCCAUCCCGGGGUGGCCCUUCCCUGGCAGCCAGCACUGAUCACUCAGGAACUGUCACACCUGCAGGGGCCACAGCGAGCCUGCAAAGGCACAGCAAACACACUGAGAGCCCCCAGGCACCAGCCUGUCUGUUUAUUGGGAAAAUUGGAAUGUAAAUUCCAAUAGCACGUUUUCAAAUGGAGGAAGGAACACUAGGGUGGUUUGUGCUACUUUCCAAGCUAUAUCUUUAGUGAAAUCUGUGACAACAGCCUGAAAUACCUGGAAAAUGCUCUGACUUCCUCUUGCAUGGAAGGACAUGACCAGUAGCAUCAUGCUCUCUGUGCUCUGCUCAGUUACUAACUUAAAACCUAAUGUCAGAUUUAAAUGCACGUAAAUAAAGGUAUCUUUGAAUGACCUGAAUGUUGCUGAUGCUAUCCUAUUUUGGAAGACUGAGGGAGAGAGGAACAAGCUCUUUGAGAAUCUCUUAUUAAAUUCAUCCUCAGUUUUGCUGUGCUUUAACCAAACUGGCACACUUUCAAAUUCCAGCUCAACUCUGAAUGUAAAGUAUGAGAGGGAUUGCUUGGGAAGCUGCUCACUCUCCAGCCAUUGCUUCAGUUGCCCAGAACAAAGCCUUGAUGGGACAAAUGCAAAUCUUUUCCAGCCCAAGACCUGUAGAACACAGAUUUUUUUUUUAUGAGCUAGAGCUGUUUAGAGAGGAAGUAAAAAGUUCAAGCCACUUAUCAUUUGAGCAGAACAAAUCCAGUAAAUACUUUUGAAUAUCUCAUAUUAAAUAGCUGCUAUUUGAAUUUCUCCAAGAUUUUAUACAGCAGGCUCCUUAAGGAGCUAAUCAAACUUUAGCAUAUUUCAUGGCUUGUUCCAAGGCUCAGGAAGUUGGGGCUGUUCAGUGUGGACACCUCACAGCCCCUUCCAGCAUCUGCAGGGGCUCAGGGAAGCUGGAGAGGGGCUGUUCAUCAGGAACUGAGUAAGAGGACAAGGGGACAUGGGUACAAAUCAAAAGAGGAGGAAUUUAGGUUAGAGAUUAGGAGGAAAUUUGAUGGGUAGUGAGGAUCUGGUUGUCCAGGGAGAUUGUGGAUGCCCCAACCUGGGAAGUUUUCAAAGCCAGGUUGAGCAGCCUGGCCCGGUGGGAGAUGUGCACAUGCAGGGAGCUGGGACAUCCAGUUGGGACUGGAUGAUAUUUAAGGUCCAUUCCACUACCUUGACAUUCUGUUAUUCUCAGUGGAAAGCAGAUACAAAACAGUUCCUAAUAUGAAUGUACUGGUCAGUUACUGCAAAUCCUCAGUUCUCCAUUUAUGAGGGUCUGCUCUGUGAUGUGUGUCAGUCCUGCUUUGUACUGCAGACAGCUGUCACUGGCCAAGAGCUGUCUGUAAAACAGAACUGAGGCUUAGGCUCGACUUUAAAUCAAGUGCUGGUGACUAAAACAUCCCAGAGAUAAAGGCAAGUGGCUCAGCUGUGCUAGAAAUGGACAAGCAAAUGCAGUGUAAAGCUGUAAUACCGGCUGGCUUUGGUUUCCUCUCUCCUCUGGAUAAAGCCCGGGUCGCUGUGUGCAGGUACCUGCCACGAGUGUUCCCAGGGCAUUCCUAAGGGACACUUUUCACAGGGGCACUGCCAGGUUUUCUGUUACAGAACAGUUCCCCUGGGCAAGGCAGAUUGUCAGAGCUUUCCCCAAGCCCUCCAUCGGGGGUGACUGCCCCGGUUUGGGGUGUGAAUCAGCCGAGUGUUGAGCUCUGCGGUUGCAGUUGCCGGGGAGUGCUGAGCCUGGGCAGCUCUGUGCUGGCUGAGGGGGUGGGAGAGGAGCGGAGGCAUCGCUGCCUCUCCCCCAGGGCCUGUUCUGUCCCUUCCCGUGGGCUCCGAGCAGUGGCCAGGGCACGCCGAGCAUUCAGACAAACACCCGCUUUCUCCUGAUUUCUCUGUACAACAUGUAAAGAUACCGACUCCUGUAUUGCUGUUUCGUGAUUUAAUUUGAUUUGAUUGGCAGCUACGAUUAUUUUUUUCUGUGGUUUUAAUUUAUCUAAGGUCUCUGCCUCCAGAGGACGUGUACAAUUGCCUGGACGACUGUUUGCUUUGUGCGGCCUUAGUGUAUUUAU